CUUGACAUCUACCCACAACGUAGCACGAGGAGUAUCUGUUAUAAUAUACUACUCGAUGCCAUCUAUACCAGGUCCUACCACCGAAGGGUCCAAAACAUGGUCACCUGAACAUCUUGUUGGUGAUGACAACAAUUCAUCAGAAACGUGGAAGAAGAUCCAUACACAUCUCAACUCGAAUGAAUUCCGUUCAGCCAUCACGACUGCCUUUGAAUUACCACCUGGGGACAAUUUCACAUACCACGCCACGGCUUCGGUGAAUCUAGGUCAGGUCGAUGCGGCCAUCCACGCCGGUAGAGCGAACGGUUUACAUGCGUGGUACGUCAAGUCGGCGCCGGCGUCGGUGUCUACGUCUACGUCCACAUCAGACAGUCUUCCAGAGGACGGCGGCAACAAAAAACAACAGGAAGAGACAGAUCGAGAGUCGUCGACUAUCCCUGGAUUUCCAUCUCUACGGAUUGCUGGGUACCCUCCCACCAACGACAUACAAGCGUACAUUUCAAUCUUCGACCCCACGAAAUCCGCCGCGAACAGUCUCAAAUCUUUGUCGGCAAACGCAAAAAAGGGGUCUUUGAGGGCAACGGUCGCCGAGUAUUUAUCGAGCAAAAGAUAUUUGGAUCCUUCGAUCGUGGUGCCGAAAUUGAAAGUACCUGCGUCUUCUCCAAAGUCUUCCGGCGGUGGCCAGCAAAAUCCGGCUUUGGAUUUCUGGGCGUACUCUUGUCUCGCGUUGGAAUACGCCGGUCCCAACGCCGACACGGCACUCGUCCCUGCCUCGCAUCACAUGUUGCCGGUUUACAUGCACCAUUUCGGUUGCGUGGUACCUUCGUACGAGGCUUUACAAAUCAUCAAGAACCUCUCGACCAGCAUCAGCACGAGCAGGAGUAACAACAACAACAACAACAAUAGCAACAACAGCAGCAGCAGCAACAUCAGCAACAGUGUACUCGACAUGGGUAGUGGAAACGGUUAUUGGACAUUGAUGUUACGAAAACUAGGUGUCGACGCAGUGGCCGUCGACAGCGGUCAGUCGAGGUGGCGCACCACCUGGAUCCCCGACACCGUCGUCGCGGACGGGGUGCAGUACCUGCGCCGGAGGUCCGGUUGCCCCGACGUGGCCGUCCUGUUGCUCGUCUACCCCAUCGUCGGGGGCGAAUUCACACGAAAGGUCAUCGAGGCGUACGCCGGCAGCGUGAUCGUCGUCGCCGGCACCCAGAACGGCAACGGCUACACCGGGUUCAGGGACAUGAUGAUAGACGAGUACAUGGCCAGGGAGAAACCGGACUGGGAGAAGGUGGCUUCGGUGGCCCUGCCGAGUUUCGCGGGCAAGGACGAUGCCUUGUUUGCGUUUCGGAGAAAGAAAAGAGACGACGUAGAUAAAAGCAUAAAAUGA